AUGAAAGGGAGUUGGAGCUCCAAGUAUAAAACUCCAGCAGGCGCACAAACCCACGCAGCGCACGGACUAGAGGACUGCAUCACUGCUGCUCUCCUGACGAAUAUACACCCAACAACAUCACCUUCAUCUUCCACCAUGAGUGAGAGACAAGAAACCGGAUCAGCUGUAAACAGCAAGCCAUCAGAUGCACAAGAUCCGUCCAAGAAGGACGUCCCCGCAGAAGACUUUGACAUCGACAUGGGAGCCGCAGAGACGGAGAAGGCUGCCGUCGCCAUCCAGUCCCAGUUCAGAAAGUUCCAAAAGAAGAAACAUGUGGUGAAAUCAUAACCAUGCUCGUGCAGGGCAGCCCUGGCUCUGAGCGGGCCCAAUGGCGCCAUUAGGGCAGGGAGAUGCAUGUCAGAUAAACUGCACUGUCCUUGGGAGGGGGUCUUGGGUAGACAGGGGCGGGGGGUGGCGGAUGACAGGUGAAAUGGCAAUUUGCCUUUCAGCUGUCAGGAAUAAAAUGUGGUCUUUUGGUGAUUUGGUUCCCCCUAGUAUAUAGAUUUUUUUCGAUACAAUACUAUUUCCUUUUAAAAUGCUUUUUGUUAUUUUUUGAUAAAAACAGAUGUAACAAUUAUCUCAAUGUAGUGUUUGAAAAUAUCCACUUAAAAGUGUUAAUCACUCUUGUGAUUCUACUUCCUGAUGUGCUUAUGUUUAAUGCGAAAGCAGAAGUAUGUUGUUUAAGGAAAACAUCCGGCGUCUGAAACUCAGAUAAAGAUCAUUAUGAUACAAACAUAUUUAACCUUUCACCUCUGUUGCAUUCUUCUACUGUUUUUUUGUCUGUAUAAAUUAACUGUUAUUUUGUUUGUUGUUUAUCAUUAUCAUUUUAUCCUGAGUCUGUUUUUUUGUCAGCAAAUGUGUUGUGUGUUGUAAUAUUCCUGACACCAAACAGUUGGAAAUAAUAACCAUAUGUAAACUUAAUAAAUAUUGGGAUGACCUACACAA